AUGGCACCACUGUUUGAAAACCAAUACAAACUGCUUGCUCGAGCUGGAAAUAGAAUGCAAGAGAUUAUUGUUGAAGCAUCGUUGAGCAAAGAAGAGAUGAAAUCUACAAUCAUUUUUAUGAGAGAUGCCAUUGGUCAAGUUAUAGAAGCAGAAUGCAUAUUCAACCAGAUGAAGAUGGCUGGGUGCAAACCUGAUGUGAUCGCGUACACUUCAAUGCUCCAUGCUUACAAUGCUUCAGGUAUAUACCAUGAGGGCAUGGCUGUUAAAAAUUGUAACAAAAUGUUUUCCAUGGAUCUAAAUUCUCUUGGAAUGGUUUUGUUUCCCCAGAAAAGUGGGAAAAGGCUUGUGAACUCUUUCUGGAAAUGGAAGCAAAUGGAAUCGAUCCAGAUUCUAUUGCGUGUUCAGCUUUGA